CAAAACCCCAGAGAGUUGCUGGAGAGAGAGAGAGAGAGAGAUGGGGAAGAAGAAGGAGAAGAAGGAGAAGGAGGCGGUGGCGGGAGGAGGAGGGGAAGGAGGAGUGACGAAGGAGGCGGAUACUCCGACGGCGGGUGGAGGAGGAGAAAGAGAAGCGGCAAAAGAGGGUGCGCUGCUUUUGGGGGAUCCUACCUUCGAGCCUAUGGUGAAUGGAAGGUUGAAGUGCGUGGAGACCGGCCACGAGAUGCCCGCCGGCGAGGCCGACGCGUAUAAGCGGAGCAAGCCGUGCCGGCUGGCCCUCAUCGACAUCGCAGUCUCUCUGAAGAAACCUCCCCUCAACCUCUUCAAGCAGGAUCCUCUGUCCAGAUCAAAGUUAAUUUGCACUCUAACGGGCGAUACGGUCAAUAAGUCGGAAGAGCAUAUAUGGAAGCACAUAAACGGAAGGAGAUUCCAGAAUAAAUUAGAACAAGAAGAAGAAAAGCGGACUACUGGAAAGGAUAAGGCAGCAACUGACCAGCCACAGCCAAAAGAAAAUGGUGUCAAAAAAGGAAGAAGGAAGAAGGUUCUCAGGGAUGAUAUAAGAGAACCAAAUUCUGCAGAUAUGGAUAGUGAUGCAGAUGAUCCUGACUUCUGGGAGCCUCCUAUUGGAAGUCGCUGGGACUUUGAUGAUGGAAGAGAUAGGUGGGUCUCCUGCACAAGCUCAGAUGAUGAGGAGAAUGAAACAGAACAAGCAAAUGUGAAAGAUGACGCUGAAACACAGGACCUUACAAAAAGAACGAAACGCAUGUCAGUUGAAGUUGGACCCAGCAGCUUUGCUUCAAGGAAGAAGAAAAGUAGGGUGGAAGAAAAUAAAUCAAGGACCAACUGAAAGAUUACUCGGUUUUGGCAAUUUUCUUUUCUCAUGGAGCUGUAGUCUAUGUGGUGGCUUCAGGGGCCGCCUGCACUUAAGCAUGCAAUUUUGUAAGCAUUGUAGUGAAGUUGGUAGUGAUGUUAAUUUGAGAUAUAUUUUUGAUAGAUUGCUAAGGAUUCAGAUUUGAUGCAA